CUAGUGUACAAGACACUGCCCGUCGAUCGUCGACCCACUUCAUCAUCCAGUCACGAUUAAUGAAAUUUCGGCACUCGAUCUCAACCUCUUGGAGCACCUUGGCAAGUUAAGCUCAUUUCAAAAUCCGUUCAGCCAGCAGUGCACAUCUUAUUCCUCCAUGCCUUGUGCUACUACUAUAAUGGACCGAAGCAGUUUGGCUGUUCUUGCUGUCUGUCUUCACCUUGCACAUGGUGCCCACUUGCCGCCUGAAGUCUGCUCGAUGUACGCCAAGAAGGGAGAUGUGUACAUCGGAGGUGUAUUCUCCCUUCAUGGGGAUGCUAAGGGUGUGGAUAAUAGGUGUAAGACACGCCUCCCCAUCAGUGCCCUUCAUGUCGUUGAGGCAAUGGUCUUUGCGGUGCAAGCAAUUAACGACGACGACAAGGUCCUUCCUAACGUCACAUUGGGGUUCAUGAUCCACGAUGACUGCUCCAGGGACGAGUACGCCAUAUGGGGAUCGCUGGCGCUUCUCAUGGGCGCCAAGGGAGUUACUGAAGGGGAAAGCUGCAUGAUUCCAGGCAUGACCACUGACGUUGAGGUCAGGUCAGUUGUGGGGAUAGUGGGGACCGGCAAGACUUCCUCCAGCGAGGUGGUUGCAAGCACAUCAGGGCUGUUUGAAAGGCCCCUGGUGUCCUACGGCGCGACGGGCCAAAAGCUGCUGGAGGAAAAUGCUUUCUUGUACUACUUCAGCACCAUUUCAUCCGAUCAGUAUAAAGUUACGGCCAUCCUUGAUCUGCUGGACUUGUUCGAGUGGCAAUAUGUGGCUUUAGUAUACGCAGCAGACUACGACAUGCUGAACAUGAUGGGGGAACUACAGAUAGCUGCAAAUAGACGGCGUGUGUGCGUGCACGUACAAGCGAUGGUUAGUGAAGCUCCAACAGAAAAAGAAUUGCACAAAAUGGUCAAACUGUUGCAAAAUAACACCUAUGCGAAGGUGGUUGUGUUGUUAGCUCAAUCGGCCGUGACAGCAAAUGCAGUGUUUUCGGCUGCUAUGAAGGCAGACCCACCGGUGAACCUUACAUGGGUUGUAGGUAAUUCGCUGGCGAACCAGGACGUCCUAGAGGAGGAUCUUGCGCGGGGUAAUCUCUUUGUCGAGUACGGUACCCCGGAAUUGAACGAAUUCGAGCAAUACUUCCGUUCCAUGAUGGGCAGUAAAAGAGCAAACGCAGACAACCCAUGGUUUGACGAGUUCUGUGGUGAUUUGGACAGAUGCCUCUCUUUCAGUGCAGAAGGAUUCAGUAAGGCGAUACCCACUUUGUCUGCCACCAUAGACGCAGUUUAUGCUCUGGCGUUUACUUUGGAUGAGGUAAUCCGCCGGUUGAACUGCACUGGCACGGUAGCAAAUUGUCUUGCAAGUCAAGGCGCCAAUACUCUUUUUACUGGCAUGUUGCACAAUGUAUCUUUUCGAGGAACGAGAGGAGAUUUUAAAUUCACCGAGUAUGUAAGGUCAGUACCGGGUCAUUUCAUAAUCAGAAAUAUGCAAGAAAUUGACGGUGCGUCUAAGAUGGUUGAAAUUGGUUCUUGGAACUCUCUUUCCCCAUCGCAUGAGUCUGGGAAUGAAACACGACUAACUGUCUAUAAAUCUUUGAUUCAGUGGAACGGACAUUCUGGAGGUGAGACGCCUAGAUCCGUUUGUAGGGAUGACUGUGCACCAGGGCAGGUCGAAGAACCACUGAAGAAGAAGUGUUGCUUGGGGUGUCGGGAAUGCAAGGCCGAUGAAAUCGUCAAAAGAUCCACCUGUGUUCAGUGCCGCGAAAUGGAGUGGCCCAAUGACAACCAAACUGAAUGUCUGGCUCUGGUCCCCAAAACUGUGACCUUGGGAGAACCGCUGGUGAUCCUGCUGUUCCUUUUCGCGUGUCUCGGGUUGGUUCUAUGCCUGCUGACCGCAUCAGGCAUGGUCCGAUACCGCCAACAUUCCUUAAUCAAGGCCACUAGUCGAGAGCUGAGCUGCGUCAAUAUCCUGGGUCUUGUCAUGGGGUACUUGGCCGUGUUCCCACUACUUCAGUCCCCGAAACCUCUCACCUGCGCUGCAGCACAGGCCCUGUACGUCCUAGCAUUCACAUUGAUGUAUGGCUCUCUCCUUUUGAAGGUGAAUCGUAUUUACAGGAUCUUUGAAAGUAGCAUCAAUUCUGCCAAAUCUCCCAGAUUCACAGGACCCCGAGCCCAGCUGAUGAUUGCAGCCGUGCUGGUUGUCAUUCAGGCCCUGAUAAUGUUCAUCACCGGUGUAGCGGUACCCAACACCUGGAUCUCAAUCCGCAAGCUGUUUCCCACCCCUUUAACUAUAAACCAGCCUCGGACACUGGAGAACUUCUGCAAGUUGGACUAUGGUUUCCUGGUAUCGAUGUGCUAUAACGCUGUCCUGGCUUUAGCUUGCUCUCUCUACGCCUACAAGGCCCGCAACGUGCCUGGUAACUACAACGAAGCCAAGUUCUACGCCGCCAGCGUUUACACCACGCUUGUGUUGUCUCUCGCAGCAUUACCGGUGUACUUCAUCGCCGAGACGGCGCUAGCCCUGGCUGUAUCCUUGAGCCUGGUUCCCAUCAUGGAUGGCUACGUGACUCUCCUCUGUAUUUACCUGCCCAAGCUGUACGUGGUCAUCUUUAAGAAGCUAGGUGAUGGUGACAACCAGGGAGACGCUAAUGGCGGGAGGUUCCGGCCGAGGAAACUCCCAGCUUUGGUCUCAACCGGAAAUGUCACUAAGGUUCACCCAUCCCAGACGUCAGUAGAGUAAAAUUCAGCGACUGUCACUCUUUUCCGCGUUUGGCUGUCCAAUUUCCCGGAAUUUGGGACAACCAGAGGUGGAUGCAUUUCGGGAGCCUUUUACGAAAAAGGCUCAUAGACAUUGUAGUUUGGAACAUUUAUUUAUAAGAUUUAUUACACAAAACUUUAAUAUAAGGUGGUUGGUUAUCUAAAUAUUCAAUUAGAAUUAAAAAGUGCACGUACUUCUAAUCUCAUCUGAAUGGCAGUUUGAGGAUGAUAUAAUUUACGAACUUCAUAUCAG